GAAAGGUUAUGAUUCUGAACGUAAUAUCGCUCUGCAGAAUACAUCAUCACUAUGAUAUUGUAGUACUUUCAAGGAAGAAAAAAAUUAUACGUUCCAUUCGGAAAUACUUAAUUGAUCUUCGAUAUGAAUACACAAGAUUCUGCAGAAGCCAACGAGCCUUAUUGGAAACGACGCUACAUGAUAGUACUCCAUGGAUUUGCAAUUUAUUUUCUUAUCAAUAGUCACAGAAUAAAUAUGAGCGUUGCCAUAGUGUCAAUGGUGGAAGAUGCAGAUCACGGAAAUCAUACGGAGAAACAACUAUCUAACACAUCAAUUGAAGUUAUCGAUGGAAUUUCUCAUGAUCAAUACCCGAUUAAGUUUAAUUGGAGUCCAAAAAUCCAAGGUGGCAUUUUGGGAGUCGGUUUCUUGGGAUUUGUGCUGUCUUUAAUAAUUGGCGGAAGAUUUGCAGAAACAUUCGGUUCUAGAAUAAUGAUUAUCAUUGGAACAUUCAUUUCGUCUUUCAGCACCAUGAUUACCCCUUUAACAGCCAACGUCAGCCCUUAUUUUGUGAUGUGUAUUCAGUGUGUUCGAGGAAUUGCACAGGGGUUGAUGUUUCCAGCUGCCACAGUUCUAGCGGCGAACUGGUAUCCCAGAGCGGAGCGUGGACUUCUAUCCGGGCUCGCCCUUUCAGGAUAUGGUUUUGGAGUUUUGGUGUCAGGAAUUUUAUCGAGUUUAAUUUGCGAUAGUGUCUCCAUAGGAGGUUGGCCUUGUGUUUUCUACAUCUUUGGAGGAUUUGGAAUUUUUAUUUCAAUACUUCAAAUGCUGUCUUUGAAGAACUUUCCCAAAGAUGAUCCAAGAAUAUCAAGAGAAGAAUUAAAGUUUAUAUUAAAAAAUCAGGAGAACAAAUUGGAAUUAAAGAGACCAGCGGUUCCGUGGAGGAAAAUAUUAAUUAGUAUGCCAACAUAUGCUCUUUUCAUUGGAACUUUUGGCCAAACUUGGAUAGGAGCUCAUUUUCUAUUGGUUCAUGCGACAUUUUUAGGAACCAUUCUGCAUUAUUCAAUGGCUCAAACUGGAAUACUUAUUUCCGUGCCGUACGUGAUUUCAAUGUUCUCCAAUGUGUCUUCGGGUUUCAUAUCCUCGUUUUUGAGUACAAAAGAAUACUUAAGCAUCAGCAAAAUUAGAAAAUCAUGGAACAUCAUUGGCAAUGUAAUCUAUUCCCUGUGUCUUGCUCUUUUGAUUUUUACAAAUUCUGAGGACACAGCAGCAAUAGUCUGUUCUAUUAUUGCAAUAGGUAUUUUGGGGUUAAUGAACAGCGGUGUGAUGAUUGUUGCUCUGGACAUGACUCCAACUUUUGCAGGUUCUUUAAAUGCUUUAAAUAUAACAGUUGGAUCCUUACCUGGCGUUAUACUUCCUAUAGUGUGUGGCAUUAUUACGAAUGACGAGCAAACAAUAGAACAGUGGAACAAAUUCUUCAUACUAAGCAUUAUCAUAGUUAUGAGCUCAGCAAUGUUUUUUUCAAUUUUCGGAACUGCUGAAAUUCAAAGUUAUAACUUUUCACCGGCGGAAUUGUCACUCAAGGCGGAAAGAGAAACAAAAACAUCAUCCUAGGAACAUUGAACUGAAAUAAACUUCUGGUAUCACAAACAACAAAUGACUCUCAUUCACAUUUACUUAGUCAAAUUUAUAAAUUUUAACUUUUUCUAAUCGAAGUGAAAUUCAAAGAUACUACUCAUGCGUCGAAGAUGAAAAGAAACCGUCAAAGACUACAAAUGAGGAGGAAAAGAAAGAAAUGUAGCAAAGUUUCAUUCUGAGUGAUAUACUGCUGAGUUUUCCAAACAGAUAGAAGCGGAA